UCAGUUACCUAGGAACGUAUAGUAGAGUAAGGAAAAUGGGAGGUUCUCGACUAUCCAAGCCAAAGUCUGGCUCCGCUUCCGGCAGCACAAACUGUUUCAUGCUGUAUGCGAGAGCACUCUCAAUUACCUGGGGAGACACUCCAGAAUAUUGGAUAUGGGUACAACAGAAAGAAACAAGUGGCACGAUAGUAGAGUUGGCUAAGUUGAAAAGGGUUUGCUGGCUAGAAGUGCAUGGAAAAUUUGACACAAGAAAGCUUUCACUAGGAAUUCUAUAUCAAGUGUCAUUUCUAAUUAUGUUGGAAGAAUCAUCUCAAGGGUGGGAAGUUCCAAUAAAUGUUAGAUUUGUCCUUCCUGGAGGAAAGAGACAACAACACAAAGUAAAUUUAAACGAGAAGUUAAGGGAGAGUUGGAUGGAGAUUCUAGUAGGUGAGUUUGUGGCAUCUGAAAAAGAUGCUGGCGAGAUGGAAAUUUCUAUGUAUGAAUAUGAAGGUGGCAUGUGGAAGACCGGACUUGUCAUCCAAGGUGUAGUCAUCAAACCAAAAAAACUAGAUAUGGAAUAGAUAUUAGGGAUAUAGAAGCUUUUAUAGAAGAAAAAAAAUAAGAAGAAAAAAUAUAAAAGAUUUCUCUAAGUUAAAAUUAGGUUAUGCAUAAGUUAAAAUUAAUAUUUGGAGAACCAAAUAUGAAAGAACUCCACCAAAUUAACUUAUGUAUAAUUUUUUUUAACUUAUAGAAUUUUUUUUUAUUUAUGAAAAAAUUUAUCCAAACAAAUUUUAAGUUGUAUACAAAAUGAAUUUGUUGUAAUUUUCUUUGUUUUCUAAAUAAAAUUAAUAAAAGCCACCUUUACUCUAGUUGAUACCUAGAGAGAUGAAGAAAGAAAAAAAAUUAUAGGAAGUAGAUGUGAUGAAAAAAUAUUGAUAUGUAUUAAUAAAGUAUUUGAAAUGAUGAAGGGUUCUAAUAUCAUUAUUCAAAUAGAAUAUAGCAGUUUGUUGUGUAA